AUGUCAGCACCAGCACUUGCUGUCCUUCUAUGCCCUGAAACUUUGCUCUCAUGUUUCUCAUCAAGGCUGGGCACAUCAGAUAAUUUAUUGAUUUCAAUUCAAGACAAGAUAAAAUGGGCAGACACGAUGAGUGAAUUGGACAAGAAACAUAAAAAAGAGAAUGAAGAAAGACUGGAAGAAGUCAAGAAUGCACUCUCUCUCAAGACAAGAAAAACUCGCAGCAGCCUCCCUUCUUCUCUCGUCGCCUCCUCAGGCGAUUCCCGAUUACCUGCCGUCGAUAGCUCACCGCUGACUUCUAUCGCCGGAUACCGUCGCACCCAACAGCACCGACGACCGUUGCAUACCACAGAUUCUAUUCGAUUCAAGUGCGAUUUUCUUAAUCCUGCUUUCGUUUAA